AUGUGUGUGUUUUCCACAGACACGUCGUCCAUCCCUACAGAGCAGCAUCAUAUGUUCCAGAUCAACUUCAACAGCCUUUACACAGCUCUGUGUGAGCAGCAGAGAUCCGACCAGGCUACACUGCUACUCUACACACUGCUACAUCAGAACACCAACAUGAGGACAUACAUGCUGUCACGCACAGACAUGGAGAACCUGGUGAGUUGGAGUCGCUAAUACACAUGCGCACACACACAUUACUCUCUGCACACUGCUGCGUCAAAACAUGAGGACAUAUACUCAGUAUAUUAGGUACACACAUCUAGUACUGGGUAUAACACCCCUUUGCCUCCAGAACAUCCUGCAUUUUUCAGGGCAUAGAAACGUUGCUCAAUUAGUAUCAAGUAUUACUCCACCACUACGACCCUGUACUGUUGACACCAGGCAGGAUGGGGCCAUGGACUCAUGUUGCUUACGCCAAAUCCGGACUCUGCCAUUAGCAUGACGCAACAGGAACCGGGAUUGGUCGGACCAGGCAAUGUUUUUGUGAACGGAGUGGUGUACCUAAUAAACUAGCCACUGAGUGUACAUGCUGUCACACACAAACAUGGAGAACCUGGUAGUUAACACUAGAAAGGCCUCGAGGGACCCCCCUUCAUGCCAAUGACACGUCUUUUGUACAUCAACAUUCUAACAGUCUAAUAAAUACAUUUCAUAUAUCAUAUUGGAAAAAUUAUCCUUUGGUUCUGUUUAUGAAGGUCUCAGGUAACAUUAGAAUGCAAAAUAAAAAUGAUUUCAAAGACCAUAAUAACAUUUUCAUUCGUUUGUUACUGUAGGCUAUAUGUAGAAAUGAAAAACCACGAAAAUUGAAGAGUUAAAUCCAAUCGCAAAGAAAUCCAUUAAUUUUGUUUUGGCAGGUCUUUAGAAACAUUAUGGAAAUUAGAAAAUGUAUUUCAAAAGAACAGAAUUUUAAGUUGUAUUAUGUUACUAGUCUUUGCUUAGUAGCCUGAGCAAUGCUGCCGCGAGUGCUCACAUGUUGAACGCAUGGAACAGCGGUUAUUCUUGGAACAAGUGAUAUUUUGAAAUAGAGCUCACCUCUUGAAUUCUGGGAGUUAUUUGACAAAGGUAAGUGUUUUAGAAACGGCAGAAUCUGCUGUUUCCGAUGCUAUAUAGAAAUCAAAACAUAUUUCCUGCAUGUAACUCUAUAGGAAGACUUGAAAGAGUUUUUUUUUGGCGCUCUAUUUCCCUGCCUGUGUGUCAAUUCCAAGCUGCGUCCAGCUCUUCAUGUACAAUUUGACGAUUUAUAAUAUUGUCACACAUUAGACUAUUGUCAAUUUAAUCUUGUCUCUAGGCUAACUAUUAUUGUAUGUGUGAAACUAGUUUCGAUAUAGUUUAGGUCUAGUUUGGAUGGGCCAUCAGCUGCACAGGCUCACUGGCGAUGAAUGAAGGGCAAGGGGGAAUAAUGACAUGUCCUCUUAAAACUGCUUAUAACACACAUUCUGUUUGAUAUUAAGAUUCUAACAACGACACUGUUAUAUAGGAACGGUCAAGAGCAUGACUUUAAAAAUGGCAGAGUAAUCAAAAAUGUAAACUCGUUCUACAUCCACAUGACGCUCUCAGUUUUUGUGGUGUUAAUACAAUAAAAAAAAAUCUCCAUGAAGGAUUUUUGUUAAUUUUUUUCACAAACACGAAACCAACAACUCAUUCCCCACACAGACAUUGACCUGUGUGCUUCUGUGCUCCCAUACAUGUCUGCUACUGUUACUGUUAAUGGUCUAGGAUCCAGAGGAAGCCUUCUGAAGGUGCAAACGUAGCAGGAUUUCCUUUAGCUGGUAAUGGGCGGGUUUUGGCAACAAAAUAAAUGUUGGAUAAAUACAAUUGUUGCCGGCCAAAUUGACCGGGAGAAAAAACAAUCCCAUUGCAAAAGAAUGCUUUUUAUUCAUUGAUGGAAAUAUCAUUUGACCGUCAUGCUUAUCGGUCUAUAGGUUAAUUUGCUACAUUUAGUGGAAUUAAAUUAGGGCGUGUGUAUUUUAGUUAGUCGUCAUGUAUCUUAUUUACCACACGUGCACAGCAUACAUACUAUUGUAUACUAUACUAGCACACUAUUUUGAGCGGCAUAUCACUUGUCAAACAGCACUCCUCAGCUCGUUGCUGCUGAAUUGAAACAUGCUUUUUUAAGCCCAAUUAUUGCGGAACAAUUCUAAGUGCAAUCGCAUGUUAAAAACUGUUUAUGGCCACGAUUAAAAAGAGCUACUGUUUUUAUUUCUCAACUGGUAAUUGAAACACUCCUCCCAUUCACCAUUCAAGUGUAUCGGUAACAGUAGGCAGGCUAUCAGCACGUCACCCAUCACUUUGCAAUGUGAGUUGGAGGCAGUAUGCAUUCUGAAAACAUUUACUUAAUUGUUUGAAACCUGAACGUGUUACUUCAUAUUACAGUUUUUUACAAUCACUUUGGCACUAAUUUCAGAACCUUGACGUCAUUUUUCAAAACUCUAGACACAAAACUCACAACCAAUGAUCAAAAUGCACUUUUUUCAAUUGCUUGGAUACAAUACACAUAAAACUAAGAUCAUUUGUUCAUUUAACAAAAAUCACCUGUUCAAUAUGACACAACUUAACAUCAAAGUACUACUAUUUCAAAAGGCAAUUCACACAUUACAUUUCAGAUGAGUGUCUAUUCAUUUAAUUACAAUUAUCCAACUAUCAACUGAUACAACUGCUCAAAACGAUAAGUAAUUGUUGCAUUACUCUUAAUGCAUAUUUGUAUGGAAACAGACAAACAAUAUUCCAUGUUUAGAUCAUGAAAGUUUCAAGAUAACGAGAUUCAUUGUCACCAAUUAGCGUGGAGCAUGAACCAAUUAGACUACAUUAUCUAUGGAUGUAAUAUUUCAUCAUCAUUCUUUAUCAGACACCGUUUCUAUGGUCCCAUGUACCACCUUUUCAGACUAUUUACAGUAUUGACAGUGCUGCACUGUAUGGAUGAAGGCCCUUGUAAUUGCUUGUCCAAUUCUGCCAACUCGUUACUGAUGAUUGAGUUCACAUUGUGGAACGAGUAUAUAAAGAAUUGAUUGGGAUCCACUUGCAACAACAUAGCGAUACGUACUGUAACAUGGAGCCGGCAGGUGAUCCAGGUCACAAUAUAGGUCAAGCAGUGGUGGGAGGAAGACGAGGAAGACAUGUUGGUCAGAGGAAUGGCAGGGGACAAGCACCCCUUCUGAGAGGUUGUCGUGGGCCUUGUUUGAGAGGUGUGGGGGAACGUGGUAGAGGACAAGACCACGGACCAAGACAGUGGCAGCAACAGCAAAGAGUCCAAUGAAAUCCGAGCAAUAGUUGUAGACCAUGUCAUAAAUCAUGGUAUGACAAUGACUGAGGCGGCUACAAUGAUACAACCAAACCUCAGAAGGUCAACCGUGGCCUCAAUAAUCUGACAAAAUUCUGACUGACCAAUUAAAUGAUAUUCGCCUUACAGAAAUUCGCCAGCAUAUCUUGGACAAUGAAGACAUGUUAACAAUGUGGAAUCCAUAAGUUUGCCGACUAUUGCACGCAUGCUGAAAAGGCACCAGGUGUCUUUAAAACAACUAUACUGUGUGCCUUUUGAAAGAAAUGCAGACAGAGUGAAGCAAAUGAGGACUGAGUAUGUUCAGGUAUGUUCAGUUUCAAGAUGGCUGUUGUAAUAAAAUUCCCUAAUAAUUCUACAUUGUACAGUAAUCGGUAAAUCUCUUUCCAAAAUGUAUUUUUAGAGGGUGAUGGAGCUGGAUGCUGAUGACAACCAUCACAAAUUCAUAUAUUUGGAUGAGGCAGGCUUUAACCUGGCCAAGACAAGGAGGAGAGGUCGGAAUUUCAUUGGCCAGCGGGCAACCAUCCAAGUACCUGGACAACGUGGGGCCAUCAUUACCAUGUGUGCGGCUAUAUCAGAAGAUGGUGUGGUGGGACGCAGACCUCGUAUUGGAUCAUAUAAUGCAGCUCUCCUUGUAACCUUCCUUGAUGAGCUCGAUCAGGUCUGUAGAGCUGAUUGCGUGACCUAUGUCAUUGUGUGGGAUAAUGUCAGGUUCCACCAAGCUCAUAUGGUGCAAGCAUGGUUUCAGGCCCAUGCACAAUUUACCACCCUGUAUUUACCCCCAUACUCUCCUUUCCUUAACCCGAUUGAGGAAUUUUUCUCCACAUGGAGAUGGAAGGUUUAUGAUAGGGCGCCCUCAUGAACAAGUCACUCUUCUCCAGGCCAUGGAUGACGCAUGCAAUGACAUCACGGCAGACCAGUGUCAGGCCUGGAUUCGCCAUGCCCAAAGGUUUUUUCCAAGAUGUUUGGCUAAUGAAAACAUCCAUUGUGAUGUAGAUGAGAACCAGUGGCCAAAUCCACAAGAUCGAGUUGAUGAAAAUGUAGAAGUACAGUAAUCACUCCUAUGUUUUGCUUUUUACAGUACAAGCAAGCAAGUUGAGGAACACCUCAUUUGAUGUUUUACAGUACUGUAUUGUUUUUCAUCAAUAUAUUUCAGAUUUUGUUCAAUGAUUCCACUGUGUCUGUAGUAUUCUCUCUACUACUGCAGUACUUUUACAGGGAUGUAUUUACAUGUAGUACCAUAAUGAAACAUGUAUCACCUAUUUUGUACUACAAUAUUUAAUGAUUGUACGAACAAUGACACAGUGAAACUAUCGGUUGCUUGUGUGUGGGUGAUCUAAAUUAAAGUUUCAUUGGUAUUUCACAAUAAAUUUGUUUUUUGAACCAAUGAUUAUGCAAGUGCAAGAUUUCUUUAAAGAUAUGAAUGCACAAUGCAAUGUUUUGAACAUUGGACAGCCUGUGUUACAAGUGAUGACCGUUUUGAGUUUUGAAAAAUGACGUCAAGGUUCUGAAAUUAGUGCCAAAGUGAUUGUAAAAAACUGUAUGAGCCAUGUCUUACCUUGCUUCAAAGUAGCCUAGGCAGAAAGACUUAUAAAGUAUUCCUCAUAUUCCAUUGAAACCAGCAUUUCUCUCCUGUUCUAUUGGUUUUCAUAUCAACUUUAUUUUGUUAUCCAGAAUCCAAAGGCACAGUCUUAGUCAUAUUAUCAAUCAAUCAAAUUUUAUUUAUAAAGCCCUUUUUACAUCAGCAGAUGUCACAAAGUGCUAUUCAGAAACCCAGCCUAAAACCCCAAACAGCAAGCAAUGCAGAUGUAGAAGCAUGGUGGCUAGGAAAAACUCCCUAGAAAGGCAGAAACCUAGGAAGAAACUUAGAGAGGAACCAGGCUCUGAGGGGUGGCCAGUCCCCUUCUGAUUUUUCUCCAAGAUGUUCAAACGUUCAUAGAUGACCAGCAGGGUCAAAUAAUAAUCACAGUGGUUGUAGAGGUUGCAACAGGUCAGUACAUCAGGAGUAAAUGUCACUUGGCUUUUUAGAGGUUGAAAUAGCAGGUGCGGUAGAGCGAGAGAGAGUUGAAAACAGCAGGUCUGGGACAAGGUAGCACGUCCGGUGAACAGGUCAGGGUUCCAUAGCCGCAGGCAGAAGAGUGGAAACUGGAGCAGCAGCACGACCAGGUGGACUGGGGACAGCAGGGAGUCAUCAGGCCAGGUAGUCCUGAGGCUUGGUCCUAGGGCUCAGGUCCUCCGGGAUGGGAGAGUGAGAUAAUUAGAGGGAGCAUUCACACAGGACACCGGAUAAGACAGGAUAAUAACACCAGAUAUAACAGACUGACCCUAGCCCCCCGGCACAUAGACCAUUGCAGCAUAGAUACUGGAGGCUGGGGGGGUGUCUGGAGACACUGUGGCCCCGUCCGACGAUACCCCCGGUCAGGGCCAACCAGGCAGGAUAUAACCCCACCCACUUUGCCCAAGGACAGCCCCCACACCACCAGAGGGAUAUCAACAGACCACCAACCUACUACCCUGAGACAAGGCUGAGUAUAGCCCACGAAGAUCUCCUCAACUGCACGAGCCGGAGGGGGCGACAAACCGGACAGGAAGAUCACAUCAGUGACUCAACCCACUCAAAUGAUGCAGGGUCGGCAUGGAAAGCACCAGUAAGCCAGUGACUCAGCCCCCGUAAUAGGGUCAGAGGCAGAGAAUCCCAAUGGAGAAACAGGAACCGGCCAGGCAGAGACAGCAAGGGCGGUUUGUCGCUCCAGUGCCUUUCCGUUCACCUUGGCACCCCUGGGCCAGACUACACUCAAUCAUAGGACCUACAGAAGAGAUGAGUCUUCAGUAAAGACUUAAAGGUUGAGACAGAGUCUGCGUCUCUCACAUGGAAAGGCAGACCAUUCCAUAAAAAUGGAGCUCUAUAGGAGAAACCCCUGCCGCCAGCUGUUUGCUUAGUAAUUCUAGGGACAAUAAGGAGCCCUGCUACUUGUGACCGUAGCAUACGUGUAGGUAUGUACGGCAGGACCAAAUCGGAGAGAUGGGUAGGAGCAAGCCCAUGUAAUGCUUUGUAGGUUAGUAGUAAAACCUUAAUCAGCCUUAGCCUUAACAGGAAGCCAGUGUAGAGAGGCUAGCACUGGUGUAAUAUGAUCACAUAUUUAGGUUCUAGUCAAGAUUCUAGCAGCCGUGUUUAGCACUAACUGAAGUUUAUUUAGAGCUUUAUCCGGGUAGCUGGAUAGUAGAGCAUUGCAGUAGUCUAAUCUAGAAGUGACAAAAGCAUGGAUGAGCUUUUCUGCAUCAUUUUUGGACAAAGAGUUUUUGAUUUCUGCAAUGUUACGAAGAUGGAGAAAAGCUGUCCUUGAAAUAUUCUUGAUAUGUUCGUCAAAAGAGAGAUCCGGGUCCAGAGUAACGCCAAGGUCCUUCACAGUUUUUUUGAGACUGUACAACCAUCAAGAUUAAUUGUCAGAUCCAACAGAAGAUCUCUUUGUUUCUUGGGACCUAGAACUAGCAUCUCUGUUUUGUCCUAGUUUAAAAGUAAAAAAAUUGCCGCCAUCCACUUCCUUAUGUCUGAAACACAUACUUCCAGGGAAGGCAAUUUUGGGGCUUCACCAUGUUUCAUCGAAAUGUAGAGCUGUGUGUCGUCCGUAUAGCAAUGAAAGUUAACAUUGUGUUUCCGAAUGACAUCACCAAGAGGUAAAAUAUAUAGUGAAAACAAUAGUGGUCCUAAAACGGAACCUUGAGGAACACCGAAAACAUACAAUUGAUUUGUCAGAGUACAAAUCAUCCACAGAGACUAACUAAUAUCUUUCCGACAGAUAAGAUCUAAACCAGGAAAGAACUUGUCCGGGUAGACCAAUUAAGGUUUCCAAUCUCUCCAAAAGAAUGUGGUGAUCGAUGGUGUCAAAAGCAGCACUAAGGUCUAGGAGCACGAGGACAGAUGCAGAGCUUUGGUCUGAUGCCAUUAAAAGGUAAUUUACCACCUUCACGAGUGCGGUUUCAGUGCUAUGAUGGGGUCUAAAACCAGACUGAAGCGUUUCGUAUACAUUUUUUUAUUCUUCAGGAAAGCAGUGAGUUGCUGCACAACAGCUUUUUCUAAAAAAAAAUUAGAGGAAUGGGAGAUUCGAUAUAGGCCGAAUUUUUUAAAAUAUUUUUUUUAUUAUAUUUUUUUCAUUUUCUGGGUCAAGGUUUGGCUUUUUCAAGAGAGGCUUUAUUACUGCCACAUUUAGUGAGUUUGGUACACAUCCAGUGGAUAGGGAGCCAUUUAUUAUGUUCAACAUAGGAGGGCCAAGCACAGGAAGUAGCUCUUUCAGUAGGUUAGUUGGAAUAGGGUCCUGUAUGCAGCUUGAAGGUUUAGAGGCCAUGACUAUUUUCAUGAACGUGUCAAGAGAUAUAGGAUUAAAAAACUUGAGUGUCUCCAUUGAUCCUCAGUCCUGGCAGUUUUGUGCAGACUCAGGACAGCUGAGCUUUGGAGAAAUACACAUUUUCAAAGAGAAGUCCGUAAUUUGCUUUCUAAUGAUCAUGAUCUUUUCGUCAAAAAAGUUCAUGAAUUCAUCACUGCUGAAGUGAAAGGCAUCCUCUCUUGGGGAAUGCUGCUUUUUAGUUAGCUUUGUGACAGUAUCAAACAUACAUUUUGGAUUGUUCUUAUUCUCCUCAAUUAGGUUGGAAAAAUAGGAUGAUCGAGCAGCAGUGAGGGCUCUUCGAUAUUGCACUGUACUUUCUUUCCAAGCUAGUUGGAAGACUUAUAGUUUGGUGGAGCGCCAUUUCCGUUCCAAUUUUCUGGAGGCUUGCUUCAGGGCUCGGGUAUUUUCUGUAUACCAGGGAGCUAGUUUCUUGUGACAAAUGUUUUUUGGUUUUAGGUGUGCGACUGCAUCUAGGGUAUUACGCAAGGUUCAAUUUAGAUCCUCAGGUCAUUAACUGAUUUUUGUACUCCGACGUCCUUGAGUCGGUGGAGGGAGUCUGGAAGGGCCUCUAGGAAUCUUUGGGUUGUCCGAGAAUUUAUAGCACAGCUUUUGAUGGUCCUUGGUUGGUCUGAGCAGAUUAUUUGUUGCGAUUGCAAACGUAAUAAGAUGGUGGUCCGAUAGUCCAGGGUUAUGAGGAAAAACAUUUAGAUCCACAAUAUUUAUUCCACGGGACAAAACUAGAUCCUGGGUAUGACUGUGGCAAUGAGUAGGUUUGGAGACAUGUUGGACAAAACCCACUGAGUCGAUGAUGGCUCCGAAAGCCUUUUGGAGUGGGUCUGUGGACUUUUCCAUGUGAAUAUUAAAGUCACCACAAAUUAGAAUAUCUGCCAUGACAGCAAGGUCCGAUAGGAAUUCAAAGAACUCAGUGAGGAACUCUGUAUACGGCACAGGAGGCCUGUAAACAGUAGCUAUAAAAAGUGAUUGAGUAGGCUGCAUAGAUUUCAUGACUAGAAGCUCAAAAGUCCGUCAUUUUUGGGGGGUAAAUUGACAUUUGCUAUAGUAAAUGUUAGCCACACCUCCGCCUUUGCGGGCUGUGCGGGGGAUAUGUUCACUAGUGUAACCAGGAGGAGAGGCCUCAUUUAACACAGUAAAUUCAUCAGGUUUAAGCCAUGUUUCAGUCAGGCCAAUCACAUCAAGAUUAUGAUCAGUGAUUAGUUCAUUGACCAUAACUGCCUUGGAAGUGAGGGAUCUAACUUUAAGUAGCCCUAUUUGGGAUGUGAGAUAUCACAAUCUCUUUCAAUAAUGACAGGAAUGGAGGAGGUCUUUUUUCCAGUGAGAUUGCUAAGGCAAACACCGCCAUGUUUAGUUUUGCUCAACCUAGAUCGAGGCACAGACACGGUCUCACUGGGGAUAGCUGAGCUGACUACACUGACUGUGCUAGUGGCAGACUCCACUAAGCUGGCAUGCUGGCUAAAAGCCUGCUGCCUGGCCUGCACCCUAUCUCAUUGUGGAGCUAGAGGAGUUAGAGCCCUGUCUAUGUUGGUAGAUAAGAUGAGAGCACCCCUCCAGCUAGGAUGGAGUCUGUCACUCCUCAGCAGGCCAGGCUUGGUCCUGUUUGUGGGUGAGUCCCAGAAAGAGGGCCAAUUAUCUACAAACUGCUGUAGAGCUCAUCAAUUACUCGAUGCCAACACAUCUUUCUAGCUAAUUUACAUGCUGAAGCUAUGUUGCUAUGACUGUUUCAUCCUAACAUCAUGGGUGUUAUCCCUAUACUCUCUACACUCGCCAGUUUUAGCUUUAGCCAGCACCAUCUUCAGAUUAGCCUUUACGACGGUAGCCCUGCCCCCUGGUAAACAAGAUGAUUAUUUUUAAGUCUAAUAUUGCGGGUAAUGGAGUCGCCAUUGACUAGGGUUUUCAAUUUGUCAGAGCUAAUGGUGGGAGGCUUCGGUGGCUCAGACCCCGUAACGGGUGGAGGAGAGACCUGAGAAGGCUCGGCCUCUGACUCCGACUCGUUGCUUAAUGGGGAGAACCGGUUGAAAGUUUCUGUCGGCUGAAUGAGCGAGACCAGUUGAGCAUGCCGACAGCAUUUCUUUCCAGAAGCCUUGAGAAAAUCGUCCGGCUGCGGGGACUGUGCGAGGGGAUUUAUACUACUAUCUGUACUUACUGGUGGCGCAGACACUGUUUCAUCCUUUCCUAACCAUUGCGUCUUAAGCUUCGCUUGCAGCACGGCUAUCCUCACCAUAAGGCAAUAGUUAUCCUGUAUAUUAUGAGUACAGCGACUGCAAUUAGAUGGCAUAGUGUUAAUGUUACUACUUAGCUUCGGCUGGUAGAGGUCCUGUAGAACCAUGUCCAGAUAAAGCGUCUGGGGUGAAAAAGUUGAAUGAAAAAAGUAGAGCGAGUUAAAAAUAACUAAGACGUUGGUAUAAGUUCAGGAGAAAAAACAAACAAAAUAUAAUUAUUGUAAAAUUGACUACACGGCAGAACCUGGUCAAUGACCUGAAGAGAGCUGGGACCACAGUCUCAAAGAAAACCAUUAGUAACACACUACGCCGUCAUGGAUUAAAAUCCUGCAGCGCACGCAAGGUCCCCCUGCUCAAGCCAGCCCAUGUCCAGGCCCGUCUGAAGUUUGCCAAUGACCAUCUGGAUGAUCCAGAGGAGGAAUGGGAGAAGGUCAUGUGGUCUGAUGAGACAAAAAUAGAGCUUUUUGGUCUAAACUCCACUCGCCGUGUUUGGAGGAAGAAGAAGGAUGAGUACAACCCCAAGAACACCAUCCCAACCGUGAAGCAUGGAUGUGGAAACAUCAUUCUUUGGGGAUGCUUUUCUGCAAAGGGGACAGGACGACUGCACCGUAUUGAGGGGAGGAUGGAUGGGGCCAUGUAUCGCGAGAUCUUGGACAACAACCUCCUUCCCUCAGUAAGAGCAUUGAAGAUGGGUCGUGGCUGGGUCUUCCAGCAUGACAAUGACCCAAAACACACAGCCAGGGCAACUAAGGAGUGGCUCCGUAAGAAGCAUCUCAAGGUCCUGGAGUGGCCUAGCCAGUCUCCAGACCUGAACCCAAUAGAAAAUCUUUGGAGGGAGCUGAAAGUCCGUAUUGCCCAGCGACAGCCCCGAAACCUGAAGGAUCUGGAGAAGGUCUGUAUGGUAGUAGUGGGCCAAAAUCCCUGCUGCAGUGUGUGCAAACCUGGUCAAGACCUACAGGAAACGUAUGAUCUCUGUAAUUGCAAACAAAGGUUUCUGUACCAAAUAUUAAGUUCUGCUUUUCUGAUGUAUCAAAUACUUAUGUCAUGCAAUAAAAUGCAAAUUAAUUACUUUAAAAUCAUACAAUGUGACUUUCUGGAUUUUUGUUUUCGAUUCCGUCUCUCACAGUUGAAGUGUACCUAUGAUAAAAAUUACAGACCUCUACAUGCUUUGUAAGUAGGGAAACCUGCAAAAUCAGCAGUGUAUCAAAUACUUGUUCUCCCCACUGUAUAUAUAUGUAUAUAUAUAUAUAUAUAUAUAUAUAUGUGUAUGUAUGUGUGUGUAUAUAUAUAUAUAUAUAUAUAUAUGUAUGUGUAUAUGUGUGUAUAUAUAUAUAAAAACAUGGGGGAUUGGAAGUGAUGCAGACAAUUACAUUGAUGGAAGUUACAAUCUAUCUGCAAUAUUAAGCUGAUCUACCCCCAGAAAAAAAGACGUUGGUAUAAAAAAGUAAAAACCGUCAAGUUUGGCAUAUAGCCAAUCAGCAACAAACAGCGUAGCACGGAGACAAGUGACCUGCUCAAAACGGAAGUUUAGCAAUCCAUUUUAGUUGUUGCAUCUUUAGAAGUUUCUAAUGGAGAAUAUUCAUCUCAGAAUUUUCGCUCACAUCAGGUGCGUUGUUUUGAAUGGUGUUUUCCUGCAAAUUGCAUUUUGGCAAAUGUCGGAAAAUGACAUUUUUAUUGGCUGCUUCAUUACAGGAGUUGCAUGUUCUGUUAAGAUUAAUUACCAUAAUAUAAAUGUGAUUUAUUUCAUUCUGAGCACCGUGGGUGGACGCCCUAAUGGGUUACGCACCCAAAACAUAUGGGUCCGGUACAUUUCUGAAAUGGACGGUAAAUUUAAAAUCUUCCUGGUCAUGUUGUCCGGCACCACAUUUUCCUAACGGAAACUCUGAAAUGUACUCUGGGUAAUCUGAGUCAUCCUCUUUGUUCCCUGCUGACAUAGUGGGGCGCAGUAGACAGCUGGUCCUCUGGGGUGCGCUGUGACGUCACCUCUAAGCAGGUUUUAAGUGUAUUAGGGAGUUAGGGAGCGCCACAGACCAUUGCUCUGCAGGACCCACCUGUGACAGAGGAUCACUCCCACACACACAGUGGAACCAUACUUGAUCAAACACACACACAUCGCUUCCCAAAGCACCCCACUGUGGAACAAUGCUGGAGGCCUAAACACACACACACACACACACACACACACUUUCUCUCAGUGCUGUCUGGGAUGCAGUGUGUUGGGAUGUCGGAUGCGUGUCAGAACUUGCUCAGUGCACUCUGCCUGCUUAUUCUGCAACACUGUCGGUCUGCACAGCAGGAAUGCAGGAUUUCACAACAGAAGUUGACACAAUGGCAGUUGAACCAUGGCAGUUAAACCAUCAAUACGGAAACACCAUGCAGCCACAUACCCUGGAGAAACACCAUGCAGCCACAUACCCUGGAGAAACACCAUGCAGCCACAUACCCUGGAGAAACACCAUGCAGACACAUACCCUGGAGAAACACCAUGCAGACACAUACCCUGGAGAAACACCAUGCAGACACAUACCCUGGAGAAACACCAUGCAGCCACAUACCCUGGAGAAACACCAUGCAGCCACAUACCCUGGAGAAACACUAUGCAGACACAUACCCUGGAGAAACACCAUGCAGACACAUACCCUGGAGAAACACCAUGCAGACACAUACCCUGGAGAAACACUAUGCAGACACAUACCCUGGAGAAACACCAUGCAGACACAUACCCUGGAGAAACACCAUGCAGACACAUACCCUGGAGAAACACCAUGCAGCCACAUACCCUGGAGAAACACCAUGCAGACACAUACCCUGGAGAAACACUAUGCAGACACAUACCCUGGAGAAACACCAUGCAGACACAUACCCUGGAGAAACACCAUGCAGACACACACACAGUAGGCCAGGACAUCCUGGAAAACAGUGUAAUGUGUUACUGACUGGACUAUCCUGGCUAAAUAUAUAAAAUAAAAUACGAAUAUGUUCGUUCUCUAAUUACUUUACCCCUUCCCCUCCUCCUUAGGUGAUGCCCAUCCUCGAGAUCCUGUAUCAUGUGGAAGACAGGAACUCUCAUCACGUCUACAUGGCCCUCAUCAUCCUCCUCAUCCUCACUGAGGAUGAUACCUUCAACAGAUCCAUACAUGAAGUGGUGAGUAGUAUCCCGGAUUGAUUAAGCGCUGAAAAUAUACUCCAGUGUCACACACAAAUGAUGCACAUCUGUAAUUGGUGUGACAGAAGAGACACAGCCCUGCAAACAACAUUUAUUCCCUUUCAGCACAUUCUGAUUAUAGACGUCUGAGACAUUUCUCUGUAUGAAGUACGAUUUCUCAAAAGUCAGGACAUGUGCCAUUUCAGAUAAGAACACUACAUUCUAUGAUAGGCACUGUCUAUAAUUUAGAAAUGCUCCCCGAGUCCCCAUCUCCCUCUGUCUAUUUCAGUCUUCAUUAUUUCUUUCUUCUGAGCUUGUCAAUGAAUUCACCGUGUAUUUGAACAGAGAGCCUUUAAACCACUUAGGAUACGAUGCUUGACGCCAUUCCACUCUUCCAUUACAUUCCAGUUGUGUGAAUCAUUUUUGACAUUUUAAAUCCGUUCCCCUAUCUCUAUAUUUCUCCGUACAUGCGGAGCCUAUCGAGUUUCAGUCUCCUGGCUGUGGGCUGCAUAUGAAUGUGUCUCUGUCUCUGGCACUAUAUAGGGAAUAUUGUGUUAUUUGGGACGUACCCCCUCUCUCUCAGCAGGAAAUCCUAAAGCCUAGGCUGUGGCUGCCAGCAGACCUCUCUCUGAGUCUCGAUAUGUUUUGGAUGAACAUCCAUUUGACAUUGGUCUCUUUGCUGUUGACAUGUAAUUUCCAGCAGCACUAGGUUCAAUGUAAACCAACCACGGUCAGGCCAGCUCUCAAUAUUCAGACGGGCGCUUUUCAUCAUGGAAAUAUCUAUGCGGAAGUGCCUUAGUGCCGUUGUGGUGUUUUGGGGCUGUGUGUUGAGCCUGGGAUUAGACUGCCAUGUUGGUCCAUGUUUUGUCCAUCAGUUGCUGUUGGUUGUCACCCAGUGCCUAAGGUGCUGUGUCACUGUGACUCCAUUUAGUGUCUGCAGAGCCAGGUAGAUUGACUCGGAUCAUGUAUUAUACACAUCACAGCUAGGCUUCUACAACCUAAUAAUAAAUAAUAAUAUGCCAUUUAGCAGACGCUUUUAUCCAAAGCGACUUACAGUCAUGCGUGCAUACAUUUUUGUGUAUGGGUGGUCCCGGGGAUCGAACCCACUACCUUGGCGUUUCAAGCGCCGUGCUCUACCAGCUGAGCUACAGAGGACCACAACCUCUGUUGUAUUUGAUAGUGCAGACCUGAGCCAUUGAUAGAGACUCUAAAAAUGACUGGUGCAGCCUAGUCAAUUUCACGAAUUAUCUCUUUGAAGUCUAAAUCUGUGAAAGUCUUUAAAUUAGGGCGUUAUUCUAUUUCUGCAUGUUAGUGACUAAGAAGGCGCAAUCUCAAAUUCAUUAUUUAAUGUGUAUUUGUGUGUGUGUGGAUUGCUUUUUCAGAAUCCAUAUCCUUCCCCAACAUUAAGUAAUGCCAAACCUUAUGACAUCCUGUCCUCCCAACCGUUACCAAGCCUUACUUUACUUCUGACAUGAAGGGCUGUUACCGUGGGUGCUAAGCACCCUGGAAACACAAGGUUGACAACAAGAUGUGAUAGGCCUACUGUAGGAAUGGGAAAAGAAUCGAGCCGUCAAGUUGCAUGAAACACUUACAGUAAAUGUCUUGUUUAGGAGAGAGAGGGAAAGAAGGUAUUUGUGUUUUACAGAGAAAAAAGUUAUUUGUGAUGAAAACGAUGAUAGCUGGCACUGCUGGCGGUGUUACAACUUUUCCUCUUAAUUUGUACAGUACCAGUGUUUCCCCUGUAUUCAUUUAGAAGUAUUUUAUUUGAGAACUAGAAAUCACCUAAAUAAAAACUAAAACAAUGAAUUUAGGAGUACUUUUGGCAUGUCUGGCUUACCGACCGGGCACGCAGGGCACAUGCCCAGGGUCCCCGAUUGAGGUCCCCAUUGAUUUUGUUAUGUUUGCGCGUAAGAACACAGAAUUAACAUUUUCUCUCCGCUCCAUGGAAAACAUUUCUAGAAUUGCAGGAAAGUAGUCCCUUUUUGAUCCAGUUAAAAACCUUGCUUAUUGCUAAUAGCACACCUGCCUGAUAAUAUGGAAUGGUCCCAUAUAUAUAUAUAUAUAGGCUAUGAUAAAAAGUUGGCCCUAAAAUAUUUUUGGGGCAAUAUGUUAUUGGGCUCAUUUCUUGGGAGGAUUAUAGAUAGAUCGGAAUCAUUUGAUUUUCAUUCAUUUUGGAGUAUAAUGUACUUUUAAAAAGUAACCCGAAAUGACCUUCUCACAGUCCUACAAAAAAAUAUCCCGGGGGCAUGCUGCUGUGGACCCUGCCCCCCCUCCACGACCUUUGCCUCCACUGCUAAAAAAUAUUAAAUGCUGAGUAGUUACUCACGCUCCUUCUUUCUCUCUCUAUCUAAAUCCCUCCCUCAUUUGUUGAAGAGAUAGAAAAGAAAGAAUCUAGAGGAGAAGAGAUAACUAAAGAAAUCUGUUUAACUAUAAAACCUCCCUCUUUUUCCCUCUCCCUCCCUCCCUCCCUCUUCUUUCUCCCUCCCUUCCUCCCUCCCUCUCUCCCUCUCUUUCUCCCUCCCUCCCUCUCUUUCUCCCUCUCUCUCGCUUGAACUCCCUCUCUCCCAGGUAUUAAAAAACAUAACGUGGUAUUCAGAGCGUUCAUUAACAGAAAUCUCCCUGGGGAGUCUGCUCAUCCUGGUGGUCAUACGCACCAUCCAGUUCAACAUGACACGGACCAGGGUGAGUACACACACCCAAACCCACAUACACUUUGUUUACCCUCUCCUAGCUUUUUUUUCACACAAGAUGGUCUCAAUGGAAUUCCAGUUAGGUCAUUACACGUCUCUCAUUUCCUCUCUUCCAGGAUAAGUACCUGCACACCAACUGCCUGGCUGCCCUGGCCAAUAUGUCUGCCCAGUUCCGCUGCCUACACCAGUAUUCAGCCCAGCGCAUCAUCAGGUGAGGCUACAGCUACAUCCUCCGUAUAACUAUUGCUGACUGUCAACACAGACACGGUAUGGCCAAUGCAUGUUAAUGGGUAUAGAUACGAUCUCAACUCAAACCUAAAGCCUACUGGUAGACUGCAAAUUGUAGAGGUUUAGCAGGUCUGUGCAGCACCGUCUGGUGUAGAUAUUCCAGGGUUGUGUUUUGUGCUGAGAGUGGGAAAGACUCCACCCAUCUUCUUAGCUUCUGAUGUUGCAGGGUUCCCUCACCAAGGCAGUAGAGGAGGAGAAAAUCAAAGGUUGGAUUGAACGUCCUCAUCAGAGAGGAUUUAAAUUAGUCGUUUGAUUAACGGUAGCUAACGCACUUUUGUACGUCGCGCUGUUCCGUACAUUUGACCUUAUUUUAGCGCCCCAAAAACGUAGUACUUCCAGGUCAACUGUAAUAUGAAUACCAUUGUAAAGCAGAAUUUCUCCCCUUUUCAGCAAAGUCAAUGACGAGACCUUCAUGCUGCCCGUCUCUGCAUGAUUGAAAAAAGCAAUGGAGCUCCGCCGGGUCUUUAAAAAAAAUUGCGGGUGGGGAAGCGAAAGCUACUGCGUCAUAGUGAAAUGGGGAGAAAUGUCGUGUGGGGAACCGGCUUUUUUCACCCGAUUUGUCCAACUUAUCACCUCUAAAAUGUAAAUAGUUUAAAUAUAAAGAGUUUAUAUAAUGUCUCAUUUACAUACCUAUUUGAAGGUUUGUGUAGAAUUUGAAUUGGGUUUUUAGGGCGGCACUAAAUUUAUCUUCACAAUUAAACUGUGGGUGUCACAGUUUUUGAGAGUCAUGAUGGCUCGCAGUGAUUACGCGGAAAUUUAACAAUUGAUUGAAUUAACUAUUAAUGAACUCACAAGUAAUUAACUUUACACUCACUAUUACACUCACCAUUGAUCAUUUCUUGUUUUUAAUCUGCGAGAGAAGCGCUACACCUGGUGGAAAGAGGCUGUACGGCACAGAAUGAGUUGAAUAAUGCGUGCCGUACGUUACGUUGUGACAUGUCACACUUUAACAUACAGCGUCAGCUCGGUCAGUUUUUUCAACUUUUCUCCAAUACUAUUGGUCCAUUAUCAUGUCAAUCAACGCUGGAUCGAAACUUAGUUCCCAUUAGUUUUCAUUGCAGCAUCGUUUGAGUGCCGUGGUUGCCCACAUAUGUACGGAACGGAGUUAGCUACCGUUACGCGUUUGUUUCUUCUUUGACUCAUGGCCUACAGUACCUUCUGUACUGAAGUCUGCCACUGUUCAGUCACAAACAUUACCAUACAAAAUGUUCUUCAUGUUCUAAGGUCCACCACAGAUUACCAACCCUUGCCACAUCACCACACCAGCAUGCAAACAUUAGCAUGGAUUGAAUCACAACACAUCAUUUUAACAUUUCCAUAACCACUGUGUAAAAUGACUAAGGUAGUCAAUCGUUAUAUUGGCCGGUUAUCACAUUCCGAUCCAUUUCUUGCAGAUUGACGCACUGCUUCCAGAUUGAAAACAGUGUUUUUAGAUUGGUGGAUUGGAAGUACAGCUGGGUUAAGUCAUACACAUUUCCCUUUGUGCCAGUGACCAUGUGGGUUUGGUGCAUUACGGAAUUAAAGGAAAAGGUCAGCAUUUAAGGGUAAUAAUUGUGCGUAAUUAUUCUGUUUUGUAAAUUAUCCUGUAGGGUGGAGUGGUACUAUUUUAUAUGGUGAUUAUUUGAUGUAUGAUUUGAGUUGGUGAUUUCAUUUGGCUUCUCUGAAUGCCUUGACGACUUGAUACUCUAAUAAGCACACAAACAAGACAAACACGUGUAUAAGCAAACACACUCACUCACACGAACACUUACUCCACCCUGAUUUUUAUUUUAACCUUUCAUUUAACUAGGCAAGUCAGUUAAGAACAAAUUCUUAUUUACAAUGACGGCCUUCCCCUGGCCGAACCCUAACCCGGAUGACGCUGGGCCAAUUAUGCGCCGCCCUAUGGGACUCCCAAUCACGGUUGUGAUACAGCCUGGAAUCUAACCAGGGUCUGUAGUGACACCCCUAGCACUGAGAUGAUGUGCCUUAGACCGCUGCGCCACUUGGGAGCCCCUGAUGAUGGAAUAAAGUUGGUGGUCAUAAUAAGACACAUAGUUAGUGGGAAAGUGCUUGGAAUCACAUGCUUUGUGUUUAUUUAGACUUUCUUUUACUAUCUUUCUAUUUUUUUAAAUUAUGAGUUAUUUCACUGGAUAUACAGAUCAAAAUUAUGUCAACGUCCUCCUCAACUGCAUCCUUUGUAAUGCUGUAGCCUAGGUCUAUUGCUCAUCGCGUGGCUCAUCACAUAUUAGACCACUAGGCUUGCUGUCAUAGAUCUGUGGUUGGCUCUGAAUAAAGACAUCAUCACGUCUUGUGGUUGUGUAUUCUGGCUUUGAAGCAGUCAGUCAAGGAAGGUAAUGGUAAUGACUCCAAGCUGUUGAGAGGGAGGAGGAUUCUCCUGACUCUGUGGUUAGAAGUUAACUAUAUGAAUGAAUGUGAAGGGCUUGCCCAGUGACUCACCCAGAUAAUUGUUACGGAUGAGCCCUGGUUAGGAACACACUCCGCUGGUCAUACAUACUAACACACACACACACACACGUACUCCCUUUCAAUGUUCACCCAGAACGACCACACAAGUGCAUGGCCUCUCCUCUUCCUCUCAUCAAUUCAUUCAGGAUCAUUUAAUGCUGUUAGUGACCACGGGGAAAUGGAAACAGAAAUGCACACACACUCCAUCAUGUUUUAUUAUUACUAAGAGAGUAGCCUAGCUGACACAGUGUGUCUUUCUUCUCUGACUGGUUUGGGAUGUGGUGGUGGAGGGGAAGGUAAUGUAGUACAUUCAUGAUUUUGCGCUGGGGGGAAUUUCCUCCAGGAAUUUCCAAAUGUCCGAUUUGCACAUUUGCUCUCAAGGACUUAAAAAAAUAUAUAAUUGAUGCUUAAAAGAGGGACAUUUUUUGGUACAUAUAUUGAGGCAGCAGAGGGUGAAAAUGCUUUCUUUCCACUACAUUAGUGAACCCCCCUCCACCCCUUCAUUCAUCUUUCCUCUCUUCCCUGAAGAGCAGUGACAUGGAUGUGUCAAUAGCUACACUGAUUUGACUGUGCAUUAGUUGGUAAGAGGCUGUGGGUUCAACUCCCUGUAGGCAUCACAUACAGAUUCACAUACCAAGAAGGUAUGGACUCACUGUACUGUAAGUCACUUUGGAUAAAAGCAUCUGCUAAGUGGCAUAUAUUAUUAGUGUUAUAUAGUACUUCACACACUGGUUUUCCUGCUAAACGCUGCAUCUCAGCCCCAUUGCAGAUGCAACCACCUCUUGCCUCCUCUCCUCUACAUCAUCUCUCUACACAUUUACAAUUUAGUAAUUUAGCAGACGCUUUUAUCUAGAGCGACUUACAGGAGAAAUUAGGGUUAAGUACCUUGCUCAAGGGCACAUCGACAGAUUAGUCACCUAGUCAGCUUGGGGAUUCGAACUUGCUACCUUUUGGUUACUGGCCAAGGGCUCUUAACUGCUAGGCUACCUGCCGCCCUACAUGUAUCUAAUUUCACAAACAAAGUAGAAAAUACUACUGUAUUGUAUAAGAGCAUGUGAAGUAUAUCUAUAACUCCAAGCCUCAGGCAAGGCAUUGGUUAUACAUUAACAUUUUAUUUUAAUUUAGUCAUUUAGCAGACGCUCUUAUUCAGAGCAACUUACAGUAGUGAGUGUAUAAGUAUUUUGAUGCUUUUUCACAACCUACACAGGACUGCUACAUGAACAGUCAAUGUCGUGAAGGAGAGCUAUUCCAAUGAUUUUACUGCAUGCUCAAGGCUAAAGUCAUUGUUAUCUUUUCUUGAACUGUCAAGUGGGACUAGUUUGCUUGAGUCAAUCACAAAAACCAAUCCAUCAUUACCUUUGGCUAUUAUCAGUUAUUAUUCUGGGAUGUCUAUUGAGCUGUAAUGUUAAACAAACUGACAAUCAAUGAUGGGUGUUCUUUCGCAUCUUUUUGAACUCCAUUGUCACCUUUCCGACUGUAACCCUAGCAUACUAUACUAAAGUAUUUUAGCAGAAAUCAAACGCUAACCAGACAUAUUUUUUUUAGAAACAAAAUUUUAUAUAAUUUGUGUCCUUUUUUUCCCCUCCUCUCCCCUUGUCUUUCAGCUGCGCCAGCCACCACAUGCAGAGAUACUUGUAUGUUUUAGACAAUAUGAAUUUCCCCCACUCCAGUUGCAGUCGCCACUAACACUGGCUGGUCACCGCGGGCGACGCACUAGGAGAGGAGCUUGUGCACUUUACUUUCUCAUUCUCAAGUCCUAUGCUUCCAGGUUAUAACCAGACUCUAAGACUACCCUGCUUCUUUUUCAUUUUUCUAUUAUCUUUCCCCUUUCCGUCCUUCUGAUUGCUGCAUGAGCACAGCAUCAUUUGCAUUGCGUCUUUGCAUGCUGGAAUGAUGCCUGGAUAGUGUACUCCCUGAAUGGAUCCAAAAUGACAGCCUAAUCUCUAGUACACUACCUUUGACAAAGAUGCAUUCGACACAUGCGUGUUCUAUGUGAAGUCGUGUCUGUCAAUCAGUGGCGGUCGGUGCCGUUUAAGAUGAGGGAGGAUUAUUUCUUUUUUCAUGAGCAUGGCCUUAUUUCUAUUACAGCAUAUUGGAUGACUGUCAUUCAUAUUCCAUUCACCCAGUUCAAUGUAACAUCGAUAGGUUUAGGCUACUACAUGAUACUCACAUUUUCCCUAUACCCAUCAUGAUGUUGCUACAACCUAGCAUAUGAAUGAAAGUUUACAGCGUAGGUGCACAGGUCGAGAGAGACAUUUGAGGUGACGUGGACAGACAGUGACACAUUCAAUACCGCCUUACACACUCUUGCCUGCAUCUAGCUGAUCUAGGGUGUAACCAUUAGUGCAACAGUUGCAAACAAGAGUUUCUAUUGGACAAAUUCUGGUAUGUUUAUCACCGUUCCGUUUGCUUCCGUUUAAGAAAUGUUUUCCAACAGAAUUGGUGGAAUGAAUACACCCCUGAUCACACAUAAACACAGUUCACUUUCAUAGCAGCCACGUUGUAUUCUUUCAUGCAUCUAUGCUCUCUCCUCCUCCUCCUCACCUUUUAUCCCUUCGCUUGUGGACUUCAAUGCACAACACAUCAGCUGUAUGUGACCAGGUGAAAAAACCUUUCCAAGCCAAACCAUAUCAUAAUUGUUACACACAGCCUACAUCAUUGUCACCAUAUUAGCUAAAGUAUCGUCUUAGUCAACAUAGCUAAUAGAACUAACGCGUUAGUUAACCCUCUGCAAUGAUGCAGUAACAUUAGUGUACAGUCAGUAAGCAGUUUAGCACUUACACCGGCUGGCCCCUGUGGCAAUAAAUUAGUAAAACCUUGACUUGGAGGAGUUCCAAUGUUGUGUUGGAUAGUCAUAGCCAGCUAGCUAACAUAGCACCCCACUGUUUGCACAGGGUGUUUGAGUAGGCUAAACUAGCUAGCUGCAUUUGCUAGCUAAGUAAGUGAAACUGAAAGUGAAGGCAAAUGACAAUCUAUCCCUCUCUUGCUUAAUUUGUUCAAAACUGUUCAACUAUUGUCUUUCUCUCUCUUUGAGUCGACUACUCACCACAUUUUAUGCACUGCAGUGCUAGCUAGCUGUAGCUUAUGUUUUCGGUACUAGAUUCAUCCUCUGAUCCUUUGAUUGGGUGGACAAAAUGUCAGUUCAUGCUGCUAGAGCUCUGAUAGCUUGGAGGAAGUCCUCCGGAAGUUGUCAUAAUUACUGUUUAAGUCUAUGGAAAGGGGUGAGAACCAUGAGCCUCCUAGAUUUUGUAUUGAAGUCAAUGUACCCAGAGGAGGACGGGAGCUAGCUGUCCUCCAGCUACAACAUGGUGCUACCCUACAGAGUGCUGUUGAGGCUACUGUAGACCUUCAUUGCAAAACAGUGUGUUUUAAUCAAUUAUUUGGUGAUGCAAAUAUAUUUAGUAUAGUUUUAUCUAAAAAUGAUAAUUUUUAAUGUUUUACUAGUUUUAGUUUUAUGAAAUUCACUGAGGAGGAUGGUCCUCCCCAUCCUCCUCUGAGGAGCCUCCACUGCUGUCAGUGCUGUAGACUAGGGCUGAGUUUUGCAGUCAGUCAGUGUGGCAGAGUCUUUGUGCUGGUGGGGAUCACCAGGUGUGCCUCUCAGUCUUAUUAAUAGCGUGGCUACAAAAGACGCCAUAGAAUCUUAGUUACCCUACAGACAGACCCAGUCCCAGGCCUCUUAA